CGAAGCCAGCUGGCUCUUGACACUUGCACACUUGCGCAUCAACGACUUCCAUGACACCAGGCCUCUGUUUGCGACUUUGACACAGCACUCCAGGCAGAGCAUAUGCAGGUAGUAGAACGAUCAGAAGUCUUCCUUACACUGCACUGACGCACCGCGCUCUGCACACACAAACGAUCAAAAAGGCUAGCGCAACUUUCCUACUACUCGACUGCGAUGGACGAUAAGCCACUUCCGUCAACCGGUGGAGGCCCCAAUUCAGUCACAUCAGAUCUGGCGCCUCAAGAAGCUCGUGUGAGAUCAAUCAAGGGCGACACACUCACCUCGUUUUGGUCUGGUUUCCUUCCCAAGCACAAUGCCACAGUCUGUCUGCUACGCCCGCCAUUCUGGCUCAAUCUCCUUGCGCUACACGCCCACUCUCUUCUGUUGAGUCUACUCCUUGUUCUUCUGACACUCGUACAUCGACAUGCUGGAUCAAUCACCGCUGCUGCUCUUGCGCCAGGGUAUGCAGUGACACUCUUUGUCUUUAGUGGGUGGUCACUUUGGGUCCACGGUAUCAAAGAGAGUACUAUGCUACUGCGACAAACGAGCGACGAUGCCUGGCGGUAUGUCGUGGUAGGUCUUCUCAGCUACGAAGCACUCUUCUGCAUGGUUCAAGGCGUAAAGCUGAUCUCCGUCCCAACCGAUCACAACGCAAGCGCAGCUCGAUCUGUCGAGGGUCAAGGACGAGCUGCUGCGGUAUCUUGUGCUACUUCAGCAGCUACAAUUGUCGCUGUGCUUAGCCUCAGUCUUACACUACUUCGCGUGAGGCUCCACGCGCGUCAAUGCAUUGGAUUUGGACUGAUUCUUGUCUCCGUUGUCGUUACUGCAGCUACCUUCUUUCGUACUGGCUAUGCACAAACAUUGGCAAGCGCCUAUGCAUUCAGCUCUCGUGGCAUCGGUCUGCUCAUCCUAUCUGCGCUGUUCAUGGCAGGCAGUCUCGUCGGUCAAGAAUGGACACUUGCGCGUCGUAGCCUGCAUGUCGUCUUCGCGUCAGUUGCAUGGUGGGCUCUCAUUGCUAGCAUCAUUCAAGGUGCCAUUCUCGAGUACCGUCAAGUGCAGUCAGCCGUGUUCGAUCAGCAAACGAUCGCUUACUUGCUCGGCAUCGCCUUUGUUCUUUUCGCUCUUCACAGUCUCGCUGGCAUCUUGUUGCGCAUCACAAGCGCUCUUUCCAUAUCAUAUGCGUUGCUGAGCGUGCCAAUCUGGUGGAUGCUGCUAGGACGUGCAUUUGGACUUGGCUACUUUGUUACCUGGGAUGCUGCGCUUGCAUUCUUGCUGUCUAUUGUCGGCUAUACGCUACAUCAAUGGCAUCUUGAUCAGACCAUCGGUGGUCAUGGCGAGUGCAAAAAGCCAUGGAUCAAGUACUACAGCGCAUCAGCGACCAGAGCGACUGGCUUUGGGUGUCAUGUUCCUAGCGACCCGAGACAUCCGCGAGCGCUCAUACGGCCUGUGCAUUCCUGCAUAAUCGAGCCACACAAGGCUGCAGUGCAUGCGUCAAACAUCGAGGUGAAUGGAAGCGAGGCGGCAUCGAAAGAAAGCAGUCCAAGGGCGAGUAGCAGCAGCCAGCCUGACACAAAGGAGGACAGAGAACUCCUCAAUCGACCUGCAUAAGCAAGCUGUUUGUUGUCUCUGAUACAUCAAC